AUGUUUAGAUCAUUACUCAAAAGAACAACCUUUUUAAAUCAAUUGAAUAAAUCAAAUGGUUUCAACAGAAAUUAUUUUAAACAAUCCACAUUAACAAGAUCAGAUGCUUUAAGUAGACAUGUUGAAACAGAAGAUAAUAAUGAACAUACACCAUUUGAUUUUACACAAGAGAAUUUAGUUAAAGUUGAAAAGAUUUUAGCAAAGUACCCAAAACAAUAUAGACAAUCAGCUUUAAUUCCAUUAUUAGAUUUGGCACAAAGACAAAAUGGUGGAUGGAUAUCAUUAAGAGCAAUGGAUAAAGUUGCACAUAUUUGUGGCAUUGCACCAAUGACAGCCUACGAGGUUGCAUCAUUUUACACAAUGUUUAAUAGAACAAAGAUUGGUGAAAACUUUGUUCAAGUUUGUACUACCACUCCAUGUAUGUUAAGAGGUUCAGGUGAAAUCAUUAAAACUUGCAAAUCUCAUUUAGGUAUUCAAGUCGGUGAAACUACACCAGAUAAUAAAUUCACACUCGUUGAAGUAGAAUGUUUAGGUGCAUGUGUCAAUGCUCCAAUGAUGUGUAUCAAUGAUGAUUUCUAUGAAGAUCUCACUUCUGCCUCAACUAUCAACUUAUUGGAUCAAAUUAAAAAUAAUAAACCAACUAAAAUUGGUCCACAAACUCAUAGAAAAGCAGCUGAAGGUCCACAAGGUAAAACUACCUUAUUAGAACCACCAGUUGGUCCAACUUGUAGAGAUGAUUUAUAA